AAUUCCACUCGCAGCCUAUAAUACACGGCGCGGUGCUGUUUGCGGGUUCUGGUUCUGCAGCGGCGACAGCAACAUGUCUCAGGCUCAGGUCACCGAGUUCUUCUGUCAGCGGAAGAGCGGAGCAGCGAGGGCCCCGGGACAUCGGCGCAAAGGAAGGGUGAGAGGCUCCUCGGCCAGCGGCUUCCACCAGGGAAACAAAGAGUCCGCUCUCUGCUGCUCCCCGGUCCGUGAGGAGUUUGUCCGGGUUGUAGACGAGGCGGCGGGGCUGAGUAAUGACCGGCAGUCCGCCUCCAGCAGACCGGACACGGACCCGGCCAGUCCCCGGACUCCCAAAAGGAGCUCGGCCGAGGCAGAGUUCGACCUCGGAGCCGCAGUGUUCUCAGCCGCGGCCGAGCACUCCUCGGUCAAAAGGAGACGGCAAGCCGGAAGGGCCAGAGAGGCUGAGGCGAACACGACUGAGAAAACAACAAGGGGGACAGCCAGGAAGAAGCUCGUCCUGCCCGAGGACACAACACAGGCUUUCUGUAAGGAUGACAUCACAGCGCUCAGGUCUCGCCUCCAGACGAUCAGGCAGCAGGCGGAGAACAUCGCCACCUCCACCUCUCCAGCAGCUUCUAGCCAUGCAGCCGGGGCCCCCACAACCUCAGGGCCAAGGGACCAACCUGCGUCUGGGACCAAGGCCGUACUCGCCUCAGGGGCCAGGGCCCCCUCCACAUCAGGGCCAAGGGACCAACCUGUGUCUGGGACCAAGGCCGUACUCGCCUCAGGGGCCAGGGCCCCCUCCACAUCAGGGCCAAGGGACCAACCUGCAUCUGGGACCAAGGCCGUACUCGCCUCAGGGGCCAGGGCCCCCUCCACAUCAGGGCCAAGGGACCAACCUGCAUCUGGGACCAAGGCCGUACUCGCCUCAGGGGCCAGGGCCCCCUCCACAUCAAGGCCAAGGGACCAACCUGCGUCUGGGACCAAGGCCGUACUCGCCUCAGGGGCCAGGGCCCCCUCCACAUCAGGGCCAAGGGACCAACCUGGAUCUGGGACCAAAGCCGCACCCACUUCAGAGACCAGGGCCUCCAGCUUCACUGUGGCCCGGGCCAGAGAGCUGGCCGCUAAGGCCCAGAGGAGGAAGGAGGAGAAGGAAGCAGGCGAAGUCAAGCUGAGCCAGGCUCCGCCUCCAGCUCUGGCUCCGCCUCCAGCUCCAGACAGCGGGGCGGAGCAGCCGGCGUACCAGCGGUACCACACCCUGGCCCAGGCCACGCCCCCUGGCCUGUCUCUGCCUUACCAGUACAAGAUCCUGGCAGAGUUGUUCCGCAGCAUGGACACUGUGGUCGCCAUGCUGUACAACCGCUCAGAGACGGCCACCUUCGCCAAGAUCAAGCAGGGAGUGCAGGACAUGAUGCACAGGAGGUUUGAGGAGAGCCAUGUGGGUCAGAUCAAGACGGUGUUCCCUGCAGCGUUCUCCUUCAGGCAGCAGAAGAACAUCCCAACGUUCAACAGCAACGUCAGCAGAGGAAGCUACCAGCUCACCGUGGAGCCCGUCCUCAGCUCCGACCGGAAUGAAGCGAGACCUGUGCUGUCCGCCUCCCGUCUCCUGGAGAGAAGACGCGUCUUUCACCAGAACCUGAUCUCUGUUGUCAAACAGCAUCACAAGGCCUUCCUGUCCUCGCUGGUCCCCCCCGUCUCUGUCCCGGAAGACAAACUAACCCGCUGGCAUCCCCGCUUCAACGUGGACGCCGUCCCCGCCGUCCAGGUGGGCUCGCUGCCUCCGCCCCCCCACACGGAGAACGUGUCCACAGCCCAGGAGGUUCUGGAGAAGGCCCGCUCCCUCAUCACCCCCAAGAUGGAGAAGGCUCUGGUCUCUCUGACCCAGAAUGCAGGCGAUGCAGACGGAACCAAACCAGUCGGUUCCCAGAACCCAGCAGCCGCUCAGCCUGCAGUGCCUCCUGCAGGCCUGGUGCCGUCCUCCCUGAAGGGCGUGUCCCAGUCCCUGCUGGACAGGAUCCGCGCCAAAGAGGCUCAGAAGCUCCAGGCGGCCAUGACCCGGAACCCGGCCCAGGAGGAGCGGCUGCUGAUGCUGACCCGGCUGGGCGAGUUGGCCCGGAUCCUACGGAACGUCUUUGUCGCAGAGAAGAAGGCGGCGCUGGUCAUGGAGGUGGCGUGCAACCGCAUGGCGGCCAGCUACAGAUCAGCUCUGAGUCUAGGUGAAAUGGAGAAGCACAUCCGUCUCCUGGCUGAAGUGGCUCCUGAUUGGCUGAGCAUUCAUCCCAUCAGGAAGGAUUUCUACCUGAAGCUGAACAAGAUGGUGGAGCUCAACGUCAUUCUGGACAAACUCAACCACAGACUCCGAGAGGAGGAGCGACUCUGACAGGACUCGACCUUCUGCCUCCGGAUACAAACUGCUAAUUUCCUGAGAGUUUCUCAGAUUGUUGCAACAUGAAGAUGAUCUCAGUUGGAGAGACGACUUUUUCUAAACCUCAUGACGUGUAGACCCAGCCUGGUUCUGGUGUCCAGCCUCCUGCAAUGGAGAAAGAUUUUUUUUUUUUGUUGUUUAUUUUUUCUGAAGGAGGAAUGUUGGAUUGUUGACUUGAUGUCCCUUAGGAUCAAGUGAAAUCAGGAGUGCCGCAUGUUUCUAUGACAACCAUUGAGCCUACCGUCAUCCUCACACACACUGUGUGUGUUGUAAAGUGUCAUGUACCCAGUUUGUUACACAGUACAGGCUCAAGUUCCAGUUAAAUGUGUGAAACAGCCAGUGUGUUCCUGUAGCCUCACGGUGUAGCCAUUUAGCUUCCCUUCAGACUGAGCUUCCUGCUCUCUGAUUGGCCAAUACCUGUACAGGUGAUGAUCCCACAGCAGCAUCACUAUAGAGGUGCAUCUCAGUAAAUAAACACAUUAAAAAGUU